AUGCGGAACUGCGGCGGCAGCUUCUACUCUUCCAUCACAGCACGGCUAUUUGUCCCUGUGCUCCCCCAACCGGGGUGGUCCCUCUCAGACCGGGGUGGUCCCUCACAGACCGGGUGGUCCCUCUCAGACCGGGGUGGUCCCUCUCAGACCGGGGUGGUCCCUCUCAGACCGGGGUGGUCCCUCUCAGACCGGGGUGGUCCCUCUCAGACCGGGGUGGUCCCUCUCAGACCGGGGUGGUCCCUCUCAGACCGGGGUGGUCCCUCUCAGACCGGGGUGGUCCCUCCCAGACCGGGGUGGUCCCUCUCAGACCGGGGUGGUCCCUCUCAGACCGGGGUGGUCCCUCUCAGACUGGGGUGGUCCCUCUCAGACCGGGGUGGUCCCUCCCAGACCGGGGUGGUCCCUCCCAGACCGGGGUGGUCCCUCUCAGACCGGGGUGGUCCCUCUCAGACCGGGGUGGUCCCUCCCAGACCGGGGUGGUCCCUCUCAGACCGGGUGUGGUCCCUCUCAGACCGGGGUGGUCCCUCUCAGACCGGGGUGGUCCCUCUCAGACCGGGGUGGUCCCUCUCAGACUGGGGUGGUCCCUCUCAGACCGGGGUGGUCCCUCCCAGACCGGGGUGGUCCCUCCCAGACCGGGGUGGUCCCUCUCAGACCGGGGUGGUCCCUCUCAGACCGGGUGAGGGAAGGAUGGAGCGUGAGAUUGACAGGUCGGAGCAGCGUCUGCAGUCAGAGCUGUAUCAAACCGUUGUGGUCUCUGUGCGGGGGGGGGGCUCUCCGUGCGGGGGGGGGCUCUCUGUGCGGGGGGGGGGCUCUCUGUGUGGGGGGGGCUCUCUGUGCGGGGGGGGGGCUCUCUGUGCAGGGGGGGCUCUCUGUGUGGGGGGGGCUCUCUGUGUGGGGGGGGCUCUCUGUGCGGGGGGGGCUCUCUGUGUGGGGGGGGCGCUCUCUCAUGAGGCGAAUGGAGCCAUAGAUCUGUGUCAUGGAGGACACAGACCUCAGACUGUGGACUUCUGCCAGGAGGACCAGGAGGAGACGGACCAGGAGGAGACUGACCAGGAGGAGACUGACCAGGAGGGGACGGACCAGGAGGAGACUGACCAGGAGGAGACUGACCAGGAGGAGACUGACCAGGAGGAGACGGACCAGGAGGAGACUGACCAGGAGGAGACUGACCAGGAGGGGACGGACCAGGAGGAGACUGACCAGGAGGGGACGGACCAGGAGGAGACGGACCAGGAGGGGACGGACCAGGAGGGGACGGACCAGGAGAGGGAGGGGGGAGAGGAGGAAGCAGUGAGACAGGUCAUGGUCCAGGGCAGAUGUGGCCUGGGACGACUCAACUCAACAAGAGUAAAUGGAUAA